AAAACCUUACAACCAACAAUCUAGAUACAACCGUUUUAUACCAUCUUCAUACUUUAGCCCCAUAUCUUUAGCCCACCUUUAUUCCACAUGUACGGAGACGCAGCAGACAAGCUCGUCGCAGAUGCAAAGAGAUCCACGCAGUUGACACAUCUACCGCUCUACCAGGGCGAGUUGAUCCAGAACAUUAUCAAUGAAACCAACGAUUUGCAGGCCGAGGUGGAGCAUCUCACCAAUGAGGAGAUCGUGUCCCAGACGCAGAGCCAGGGCGACCGCACCAACCAGUGCCAGUUGUUCAUCUCACACUUGGCAAUGAGGCGAAACAAACGCUGUUUGCUCGCUUACCAACGCUACAGGGCUGAGCGCCUCCAGUACAUGUCGUGGUUGAAUAACACGACUGGCAUCACGGUGGAUGAGCCGGGUGCAGCGCCGAGCGGAAAGGCUGCCGACAGCUUGAACCACAAUGAGGAGGAGUACUUGAAGAAGUAUAACGAGCUUAUCAUCAAUUAUAACAAGGAGUUUAACGAGUCUCUUGACUUGACAGGGGACAUCGAACCGCCCAAGGAUAUUUUUAUUGAUGUUCGUGUGUUGAAGGAUGUUGGCGAGAUCACCACGGAGUACGGUGUGUUUAACUUGACCAAGGACAGUCAGUUUUUUGUGCGGUACAACGAUGUGGCGAGGUUGAUUCAGCAGGGAUAUUUGCAGAGGUUAUAGAUGGUAUAUAUUUGAUUGGUAAGGAUGUGUAUGGAUAGAUAUUGUAAACGAUAUAAAUCGCAAUAUAUAAAUGGG